AUGUCGUGGCUACUACAAAAGAUUGUUCGCAAUGAUGCGAUGAGAACUGACCCCAAGGAAAUCUACGGAUGGAGGGUUUAUAUGUUAGCCUGCUCGGCGUGCUUUGGAGGAAUGCUAUUCGGCAUGGACUCCGGUAUCAUUGGUGGAGUACUCACUAUGCCUCCCUUUCAAUCCACUUAUGGCCUGACAAACCUUAGCUCUACUGCUCAGGCCAAUCUGUCUGCCAAUAUUGUUUCUACGCUGCAGGCUGGGUGCUUUUUUGGGGCUCUCAUAGCCUCUCCAGUCGCAGAUCGAUGGGGAAGAAGAAAAGCUUUAAUUGGGGCUGCAUUGACUGGAGUGAUUGGAGUUGUUAUUCAAACUGCAGCCAGUGGACAUCUCGAGGCCAUGUAUAUCGGACGUCUCAUUACCGGCUUUGGAGUCGGAGCUGCUUCGAUGAUUAACCCUCUCUACGUUUCAGAGAAUGCACCUCGCGCCAUUCGGGGCGGCCUCACCGGUCUCUACCAGCUCUUUAUUACAAUGGGUAUUAUGCUGGCAUUCUGGAUCAACUAUGGCUCUUUGUUACAUCUGGACGGCUCAACAAUGUAUCUCGUUCCUUUAGCUAUGCAAGGCUUGCCGGCGGUACUUCUCUUCGUCGGCAUGCUUCUUUGCAAUGAAUCCCCUCGGUGGCUAGCCAAGCAGGAUCGAUGGGAAGAGGCACGAGCGACUCUGUCCAAAGUUCGGGCACUUCCGUCGGAUCACCCCUAUGUGGAGGAAGAGUUCCAAGCUAUUGCCGCACAACUGGAACAAGAACGAGCCCUUAUAGGAGGCUCCGGAUUCUGGGAUCUCAUGAGAGAGAUGUGGUUUAUUCCGGGAAACCGAAAGCGUGCUCUAAUCUCGAUCUUCUUGAUGGUUUGCCAGCAAAUGACGGGAACCAAUGCCAUUAAUUAUUACAGUCCACAAAUAUUUAAAAACCUCGGUGUUGAGGGAAACGCAACAAACCUUUUCGCAACAGGGGUGUACGGUAUCGUCAAAAUGGUCAGCUGUGGGGUCUUCCUCAUCUUUGUCGCUGACUCCCUUGGUCGUCGUCGCUCGCUACUCUGGACAUCUAUCGCACAGGGUCUAGCAAUGCUCUACAUUGGCUUGUACGUUCGCAUUGCGCCGCCCGUCAAGGGGGCACCUGUUAUCCCCGCCGGCUAUGUCGCUCUUGUCUGCAUUUUCCUGUUUGCAGCUUUCUUCCAAUUCGGAUGGGGGCCUGUUUGCUGGAUUUAUGUUUCUGAGAUUCCAAGUGCCCGGCUGCGUUCUAUGAAUGUUGCCUUUGGAGCAGCCACGCAAUGGUUGUUUAAUUUUGUUGUUGCGAGGGCGGUUCCCGUCAUGUUGACUACGGUUGGGUCCAAUGGCUAUGGAACUUAUAUUAUAUUCGCGUGUUUCUGCUUUUCCAUGUGCGUUUUUGUCUGGUUCUUCAUUCCCGAGACAAAGGGACUGUCUCUUGAGAAGAUGGACGACCUGUUUGGUGUCACCGAGUUGGUCCAGCGGAAACUUGAGGAUCCAGAGCACCAUAUCGGCGCUGAGGAUGCAGGCAAAGCGACCGAGUCCCGAGUCGAACGAGUCGCUCCUUAG